GGUGGGGUGUGGGCGGACUUAGGGGCGGGGACUAGGGGCGGAAAAUAAAGGCUGUGUGCACCUCCGUGCUUCGGGGACAGACACCAGUUUCCAAGCCCAGCCUGGAAGAAGCCCGACCACUCCCAGCGCGAUAACCAGCACCAUGGCCAUGACUCUGGGUUACUGGGACAUCCGCGGGCUGGCUCACGCCAUCCGCCUGCUGCUGGAGUACACAGACUCCAGCUACGAGGAGAAGAGGUACCCGAUGGGGGACGCUCCCGACUUCGACAGAAGCCAGUGGCUGAAUGAGAAGUUCAAGCUGGGCCUGGACUUCCCCAAUCUGCCCUACUUGAUUGACGGGGCUCACAGGCUCACCCAGAGCAACGCCAUCCUUCGCUACAUCGCUCGCAAGCACAACCUCUGUGGGGAGACGGAGGAGGAGAAGAUUCGCAUGGACAUUUUGGAGAACGAGAUCAUGGACAUCCGAAUGUACAAGAUCAGAGUCUGCUACAGUCCUGAAUUUGAGAAACUGAAGCCUGAGUUUUUGAAGGUGCUGCCUGAGAAGAUGAAGCUUUUCUCCCAGUUUCUGGGGAAGAGGUCCUGGUGGGCCGGGGACAAGCUCACCUACGUGGACUUCCUGGCGUACGACAUGCUGGAUGUCCUGCGCAGGUUCGAGCCCAAGUGCCUGGAUGCGUUCCCAAACCUGAAGGACUUCCUGGUUCGCUUUGAGGGCCUGAAGAAGAUCUCUGCCUACAUGAAGUCCAGCCGCUUCCUGCCGACCCCUCUGUACUCCAAGGCUUCCAUGUGGGGCAACAAGUAGGGCCUGUGAGUGCAGGAGAUGGGAGCGAGGGGCACACCUGGAGAUUUCUGCAACUUAGAACCAUCUGCUCUGCUCCCUUUUCUCCUUGCAACCUCCUUCCCUCACCCCUUCCCUCUCCAGCAGCCUCAGUGGCCCCUGUACCUGUGUCCUAACUCCUAAGGCCCCUCUCAUCCAGCCUCUCUGCAGCUGCAGUUCCCUUUCCGUCUGCAUUAAACCCAAUGAGACUGACCUCCCCCCACUGGUUGCUCUGGUUUCAGGAGCCCUGCCCAACCCCCACCUGUAGAGCUCAGCCAGAGACCCCAGCACUGCCCUGAAUCGCUGUAUUGCCAGGGUGCAGGCCCUGCCCCCAGCGUGGUCCCUCCCUGCCCUACCUGACCCCCAGUAAAGCCGAAUCCCACCUGGGUGUCUUGUUAUUCCCUCGCCACUGGAUCCGGGGCUGACCGUGGUGGAGUUUAGUAGGCUCUCCACUUUCCCCCUGUCGUCUGUGAUGGCCGUGUGGUGGGGACGUGUGUAUGUGGGGGGCGGGGUGGCAGGGAGAGGGACAGGUGGGAGUGGGAGGUUUCUCGCUCGUAUCUGUGUUCCUGCGUGCGCGCCUCGGUGUGAGGUGUCUACAGAAGCGGGCCUCCUGCAUCUCUGUCCCUCCGUCAUUUCAGCCUUGGUGGAAAGCCCCCUGUGAGCUGGUGGGAGUUCGUGUCAUGGUUCCGAGGGUUUGUGCGGCGGGGGCGCACGGUGGGCCGUCCGCUGCUGGUGUGGGGUCCCAGUGGCCACGUCCUGUCUCCCUUUCCCGGAAGUGCUCCCUGCAGUAGACACCCCCCUCUGUGCUGAUACAACAUAUCUCAAUAAAACACAACCCUCUGUGUUA